AUGGACAGUGCUAUCACCCUGUGGCAGUUCCUCCUUCAGCUCCUACAGGAGCCUCAGAACAAGCACAUGAUCAGCUGGACGUCUAAUGAUGGGGAGUUCAAGCUUUUGCAGGCAGAAGAGGUGGCUCGUCUCUGGGGGAUUCGUAAGAACAAGCCUAACAUGAAUUACGACAAACUCAGCCGAGCCCUCCGAUACUAUUAUGUAAAGAAUAUCAUUAAAAAAGUGAAUGGUCAGAAGUUUGUGUACAAGUUUGUCUCUUACCCAGAGAUCUUGAAAAUGGACCCAAUGACGGUGGGCAGGAUUGAGGGGGACGGGGAAGCCGGAGGCUGCGGCGAAGUCACCAGCAGCUGCAGAGAUGCGGAGAGCGGGGGCAGGGAGAGGCCGCCUCAGCCUGGCGCCAGGACCUCCAGCCGCAACGACUACAUCCACUCCGGCUUGUACUCCUCCUUUACCCUCAACUCUUUGAACUCCUCCAACAAGAGGCUUUUCAAACCGAUCAAGCUCGAGAACCCAGCCGAGAAGUUGGCAGAGAAGAAACCUCCUCAGGAGCCAACACCGUCCGUCAUCAAAUUCGUAACAACGCCUUCCAAGAAGCUACCAGUUGAACCCGUGGCCGCCGUCCUGUCGGCCGGCCCGAGCCUUUCUCCAUCCUCAGAAGAAACUCUCCAAGCGUUGGAGACUUUGGCUUCCCCCAAACUGCCUUCCCUGGAAGCCCCGACCUCCGCCUGCAGCGUAACGACCGCGUUUGCCACCCCACCUGGUGCGUCCGCGCCGCCUCCUGUGCAGGAGCCUCCUGGGACGCCUUCGCCGCCGCUGAGCCCUAACCCUGACCUUGACACAGACAUCGACUCGGUGGCUUCUCAGCCCAUGGAACUUCCGGAGAACUUGUCGCUGGAGCCUAAAGACCAGGAUUCAGCUUUGCUGGAAAAGGACAAAACAAGGAAUUCCUCGAGAUCCAAGAAACCCAAAGGGUUAGAGCUGGCACCCAUCCUCGUGAUCACGGGCAGCGACCCGAGCCCGCUGGGAAUAUUGAGCCCGUCUCUCCCUACGGCUUCUCUCACGCCAGCGCUGUUCUCCCAGACGCCCAUCUUACUGACGCCGAGCCCCCUGCUCUCCAGUAUCCACUUCUGGAGCACUCUCAGCCCUGUUGCUCCCCUGAGUCCAGCCAGGCUGCAAGGUGCUAACACACUCUUCCAGUUUCCUUCUGUACUGAACAGUCAUGGACCGUUCACUGUGUCUGGCCUGGAUGGACCUCCCACCCCUGGCCCAUUUUCCCCAGAUCUACAGAAAACAUAA